UCGAAACACACCGAGUGUGAGUGCAGAUUCCCGGAAGAGAAAGUGGAGGCGGGGAAACUCCGGCCGCUUUCACUUCAGCAGCAGAUCCAGCCCCGGCCCGGUUGAUGCAAGGCGGUGGUGGUGAUGGCCACAAAUAAUCCAGACAAAAUGGAUAAAAUUCAUAAAGAUGCGGAUGAGGUAUUGGAGCUUAUGUAUAUGAAUGUUGAUAAAGUGAAGGAUCGAGGAGAGAAACUGGAAGUUCUAGAUGAAAGGGCGGAAGAGCUGUUGGCAGCUAGUAAAACUUUCCAGAAGUCUUCAAAAGCUGUGGCUCGGCAAGAAAGGUUUAAAAAUAGGAAGUGGAAGCUGAUUGUGGGAGCAACAAUUGCUCUUGUGCUAAUCAUUAUCAUCAUCAUCAUCAUCGUUUUCACUGUACCAUCGUCAAAAUCAUCGCCCCCAGUCGCUCCUUCCGCAAGUCCGCAACAACAACUAUCAACACUGUGAUCGAAAGAGAAAACAAAGACUGCUGGAAGUCUGAAAUAAAACCAGAAAAGUCUGGAGAUUGUCAGCAGGUCAGGCUGCAUCUACAGCAGGGAAGUCAUGGUCAACCCUUAUGUGUAGGAGGGAACUGCAGGUGCUGCUUUACACCAAAGAUAGACAAAAAGUGCUGGAGUAACUCAGCGGGACAGACAGCAUCUCUGGAGAACA